CAGAUAGACGUUGAAGUUCAAGGUGAGAAGACAAGCGGAUGCUGUGUGUUCGUUCCGCACGUUGAAUUGUGUCAAGGACUCUCACAUUUUUCCUCUCCUUGGUUUUGCAUGACGCGGUUCGUAGAAUAAGAAUUUCGGAAUGUCUGGAAAAUUUCUCAUCGGUUUCUUGUUGUUGGGGGUGUUGUCGGGUGUUUUAUGUCAGGCGGCAGGGGAGAAUGGCAAGGACGUGAACGACACUGUGUCUGGAAGAGCCCUUGGAAUUGGUGACCUCAGAGGAUGCCUCCAGCUGAAGAGCAUGAGCUGCUUCUUGGACGUCACAGAGGAUAUCGUGAAUAGGGAGAAAAAAUCUAUUCUGGCUGAAGCAGACAAAGCUUUAUCCCUUCGAGGAAGAUCUGAUGAUGAGGAAGAAACAGAAACACCAAGUCAACUUACGGACUCUAUUGACCAGCUCAUGACUGAGCUGACCGACAUCGUGAAAGAAAGUAUUGUCGGAUUCUUCAGGGACGGAAAAGAUGAUGAUGACGAUGACGAGGAAGAAGCGGCAACUACUGCAGUUGCAGAAAAAGACGGUUCGGAAGAAAAUGACGACGACGAGGAUGACGACGGCUCUAGGAAGUUAGAAUGUGCACUGUACCAUGGUUCAUGGUUUAGUGCCAAAUUCGUUGAAGAAAGAAAAAAGAAGAAGAAGAAGAUCCACAAGCUUAUCGCCCUCAUCAAAUUGCUCGUCGUCGGAGCAGUUUUAGCGGCCAAACUCAUUAUACUCCUCAAAAUAUUCGCUGCACAUCUACAGAUCAAGUUCCUUCUCAUUGCUUUUGCUGGUCUCCUCAUAAACGCUGCUAGGUUUUACCUCGAUUUGAAGAAGGGACACAAUCCACAGAAGGUCAUCUAUUACGAGCACGCUCAGCACCAACACCACUAUGAAGGCGCUGAAGACGACUGGUCAAGUGGGUCAAGUGGACCCUCUGAAAAUUAUUGGGGAAGAUCCUAUGAAGAAGAAGAUGGUCAUGGUGCCCAUGAUAUAGCUUACUCCCAACAGAAGCCUUAUGGUUCUCACAAAAAGAAAGAGGAAGACAGCUUCUCCUGGUGGGGAUAAGAAUUUGGCUCAUGUUUCAUGAUGAAGUGGAAACUUUGUUGGUUUUAUGUAGUUGUAGGUAAUUUAUUUGAUUUAUUUAUUUUACGAGGAAUGAGACUUUCAACUCAGAGGGGGACAUAUUUUAGUUUGUCCACUAUAAAAUUGAUUAGGUUCACAGGUAUUUAGGUGAAUGUGUAAGGGUGUAUUGAAGUGCGUCCUAAAC